AUGCAUUCCGUUAAGGUUCUUUCUGCCAUCGCGGCACUCGGUGUCUCUGCGGUUUCCGCCGCCUCCACCUGCACCAGCAACAUCAAGGUUUCCGAGCCCACCCCCAGCAUUGACUGCGACGUUGUCGAUGGCGAUAUUACUAUCGACAAGGACGUUGCUGGUACCGUUGUUAUCAACGGCCCCAAGCAGAUCAAGGGUGACUUCAUUGCCAAGGGUGCUGGCGACCUCAUCUCUAUUUCCAGUACCUCCAUCAACGCCAUUGGCGGCAAGUUCGAGCUCAGCAACCUUGAGUCUCUUAGCAACCUUGAGUUUUCAUCUCUCACCAGCCUGGGCGAGCUUAGCUUCAUCAAGCUUCCCCGUCUCGGUGAGCUGAACUUUGGUACCGAGGGUGUUACUAAGAUCAAGACCAUUCAAAUCACCGAUACCUUCAUCAGCGAUCUGAGCGGUCUCAGCGUUGCCACCGUCGAGAAGUUCCAGAUCGACAACAACCGCAAGAUGAACACCUUCAACUCUGACCUCGUCAACAUUACUUCCGAGCUCAAGAUUUUCGACAACGGAAACGACAUCAUGGAGAUUACCAUGAACAAGCUUGAGACCGCUGCCGAGAUCCAAAUCUCCAGCGCCAAGUCUUUCAUGGUCCCUGCUCUCAAGGAGGUCACCAAGAGCUUGAAGCUCAGCGCCAACCCCGAGCUGAAGUCUUUCAGCGCCCCCAACCUGACUGUCAUUGACGAGACUCUGUCUCUCAUUGACAUGAACAAGCUCACCAACGUCUCUUUCCCCGAGCUCGAGGAGAUUGGUGGCGGUUUCACCAUCCAGAACAACACCAAGCUUCUGGCCAUCGAUGACUUCCCCAAGCUUGAGAAGGUCACUGGUGGUAUUGCUCUCCGCGGCAGCUUCGAGAAGGUCAAGCUCCCCAAGCUUGAGCAGGUUAGCGGCAGUGUCGUCGUUUCUUCCACUACCGAUAUCGAGGAGUUCUGCAAGUUUUUCGACGACAUGAAGGAUGACAAGAAGAUUGAUGGUGAGAAGACAUGCUCUUUCAACAACAAGAACGCCAACAAGGGUGAGGACGGUGGUCAGAAGAGCGAUGGUUCCGGUUCUUCCCAAAGCAACGAGGACGAUGACAGUGCCGCCGGCAGCGUCAGCAUCAACAUGGCUGUCCUUGCCCUUGCCGGUGUCGCUGCUGUUGCCCAGCUCUUCUAA